AUGGCUACGCCCUCGUCCUCAGCCACGUCCCCCUCGCCCCCAAUGCCUUAUCUCCCCGCAACCCAGCAGCCCGCUGCCUCCCAGGACCAAGACGACGAGCAGCAGACGAGGACCAAAGCCGUACAAAAGUUCCUCGCUAGAGCAGAGGUCGCAAUGGUAACCCGCGCGCUGCGAACGCGUCUGGCGUACGCCUCGUACAAGGCCACCCACAAUGUCCCACACGUCCCACUACGCGACCUCGAGGCGCAGAACCAGGGCCAAGCGGCCUCCUUCAACCGCACCGUCGCAGCGAAACGCAAGGCCGUCGGUGCGGCUCCAACGUAUUACACCCAGGGUCAGGGUUCCAGCAGCGCAGGCACCAUGCGCCGAGGCCCACCAGGCCCCAUGGCCCCUCCUCCAUCCACAUCCACCGCGAUCUCAUCACCACGCACGCACGCCUACCCACCCUCCGCACCCAGCACACCAGGCUACGCAAGCUACCACGCCGCCGCCGCCACGAUGCGGAACAUCACCCACGCGCACUACCAACACCAACAGCAAACGGCCCAAGCGCCGCCGAACCUGUACUCGUCCAUCCUCGCCCCGCCGCCGACGAACAGGGCGAGGACGAUACAUAACCCGAAUGAUCCGCCCAUCCCGGCGCCUGCGCGUCCGGUCGCUGGGCCGUCUCCGCGGUUGCGCGCACAGCACCAGCAGCAGCAGCAGGAGAAGAAGAAGAUGUCGUCGCCGCGCGGUGAGACGCAUCGCGAUCGCGAUCGGGAGCGGGAGCGUGUGCAGGGCAAGGCGAAGCAGGCGAUCAAACCGGGCAAGCUGCCCGCGUCGCCUGACAGACGGCGGACCAAGGGCGGCAGUGGCAGCGGCGGCGGGUCAAUGGAUAAAGGCAAACAAAAGCAACACAACAAAAGCAAUAGUAUCAGUGCCAGUUCGGGCGAGGUGGAUGUGGGUAUGGGCGUGGAUAUGGAUAUGGAUGUAGAUGGCGACGUGGAUAUGAAAGCGGUGGCGACGCUGACGUCGCUGCUCAGACACCACAACAGGCCGUCGAUGUCGAUCGCGGCUGGAGCGGCGAGCGCGUCGUCCCCGAAAUCGAGCAAUGGGUCGUCGGAUGUCGGCUCGUCGUCGUAUGCGUAUGCGCACUUUGCGCAGUCUUCGGCGCGGAUGGCGGCGCCUGCGCCGCUUGCUGGCGUCGCGUCCUCAUCGGGCGUGGGUGUAGACAUGGAGAGCAGGAUGAUGGCGCUCACGCCACCACCACCACCACCCGGCGCCUCGUCCCUCCCUCUUCAGACGACCCCGCGCGGUAAUGCGGCCUCAGCGUCAGCGGCACCGCCGACGGAUAGCGAAGCGGCGAAUUUGAUGUUGUUUCUCGCUACGUCGCCGUCGCCUGCGCGGCCCGCGAAUGGUGGGAGUGGGAGUGGGGGUACGGGUGGGAGCAAAGAAGCGAGGGAUAUGGCGGCGUAUCGCGCGCUUGGAGGUGGAUCGGGCGCGUUGAGGUCCAAGGGAAGGGUGUUGUUUCCGUCGAGUGCUGAGCCGGGUCCGGGGUUGGGUCUGGGGACGGCGGCGGCGGGGUAUAGACCGGUGCUGGCGAGAGGCGGAGAUGCGAGUUUUGGGUCUAGUAUGUCGAGUAUUGGUGUUGGUGCCGAGUUAGGUGGUGGUGGUGAUGGGCAUUCGAAUGUUGGUUCGCAGGGGUCGGGGUUGGUGUCGGUGUCAGUCGGCGCGGGUUCUUCUGGGUUGGCAUCUGGUUCUGGUUCUGGUUCUGGUUCUGGCGCUGGGUUGGGUUCUGGCGUUGGCGUUGGCGUUGGCGUUGGUGCGGGUCCUUCUGGUUCUGGUUCAGGUGUAUCGCAACUUGGACACGGCCUUCUACCUCCCGCACCCCUCCCUCUGCCUUUAACAUCGGCACCUUCAAGUCCAACUCCAAGUCCGAGUCCGAGGCCUGGUUCAGCGUCGGCUGCGAAACGAACAGGGACGGGGACGGUGGAAUUUAAUAUAAAUGAGUUUAUAAAUGCUUCGCCGUCUUCUUCUUCGUUGUCGCCUUUGAGGGGCGGGGUGGUGGGGUCUGCGUCGGGGGCGGGGGUGGGAGCAGGAGGAGGAGGAACAGCAGCAGGAACAGCAGCAGGAGGAGCUGGAGCUGGAACAGCAGGAGCAGGAGCAGGAGCAGGAGGAACACACAAAUCGAACCAUAGUCUCCGCGCGGAUGUUGGGAGGAAGCUGUUUGAGGAGGAGCAGAUGCGCCAUCAUCAGCAGCAGCAGGUGAGAGAGAGAGAAAGAGGGGAGGAGAGGGAGAGGGAGAGGGAGAGGGAGAGGGAUAGGCCAGGGUCGCGCCCGAGUUCGAGCGCGAGUUCGAGUUCGCGGUCUUUGGGAGCUGGGAUUGAUCUUGUGAAAAGUUGA